GGAGGUGGGGAGGCGCUACAAGCACGGCCGCUACACGGGGAACGGGGGACCCUUGGCGGUGGGCAUGUAGGUCGCGCCCUCCCUUCCACCCCUCCCCGCCGUCUCUGGCCCGGGGCGGGUGCUCCCCCAUCCCCGCAGUGAACGAAGCCGGCGCGCGCUAGGACCGCGGCGCGCCGCCCUCCGCCGCUAUAAGAGGCCGCGCUCGCGCCCCACGCGGAACCCGCGGCUCAGACCCGUCCCCGGCGUCCCGACCCGCGGUGGACCCGAGGCCCGACCGGCCGCUGCGCAGCCGACGCCAGCCCGGGGCCUGCGAGUCUCGCGCGCCCCGGGGCCCCCGCCGCGGGCACCAUGGGCGCUGCCCACUCCGCCUCCGAGGAGGUGCGGGAGCUCGUGGGCAAGACCGGCUUCUCCUCAGACCAGAUCGAGCAGCUGCACAGGCGGUUUAAGCAGCUCAGCGGAGACCAGCCCACCAUUCGCAAGGAGAACUUCAACAAUGUCCCUGACCUGGAGCUCAACCCAAUCCGAUCCAAAAUCGUCCGUGCCUUCUUCGACAACAGGAACCUGCGCAAGGGGUCCAGCGGCCUGGCCGACGAGAUCAACUUCGAGGAUUUCCUGACCAUCAUGUCCUACUUCCGGCCCAUCGACACCACCAUGGACGAGGAGCAGGUGCAGCUGUGCCGCAAAGAGAAGUUGAGAUUUCUGUUCCACAUGUAUGACUCGGACAGCGACGGCCGCAUCACCCUGGAAGAGUAUCGAAAUGUGGUGGAGGAGCUGCUCUCGGGGAACCCACACAUCGAGAAGGAGUCGGCCCGCUCCAUCGCUGACGGGGCCAUGAUGGAGGCAGCCAGCGUGUGCGUGGGGCAGAUGGAGCCUGACCAGGUUUAUGAGGGGAUCACCUUCGACGACUUCCUGAAGAUCUGGCAGGGGAUAGACAUCGAGACCAAGAUGCACGUGCGCUUCCUUAACAUGGAAACCAUCGCCCUCUGCCACUGACCGUCUGCCCCCUGCAGAGGCCACGCUGUGCCCACAGCCUCCCGUGGGGCCCGAGGCCGCCCGGCUCCUUCCACCGCUCGUGUAAAUAGCCUCCACUCCUCCGCUGUCUUGUUUUCCCGAGGGUGUGGUACCUGGGACCUCGCUGUUUUUAUCUCUAAUAAAAAAGAAAACGGUUGGUUUGUUAAUGAA